CUGCCUGUCUUUCCUGCUCACGGUCGCCGUCCAUCACUGUCCUGUUCACGACCUGCACGGCUGGCGGUUCAGAGAGUCGCCCUAAAUUUGUUUCACGACCCUCGUCGUUAUCGGCUAUACCACUUGCACAGCUGGUACUCCGAGUGCGCUGCCCCGGACCCUCGGAUUGACCAACAUCACUGUCGACAUUACCCUCGCCACGUCUUGACGUUUUCAACCUUACGCUUCAAACAUGGAACGCAUGCUACCCAGAAGAGUCUCGUCGAUGCGCGACGAGUCUUCAACAGCAGCACUCGACAUUCACCACCGUCAAUAUCCCACAGGACGGAUGAACCCGCCAUCGCCUGUGUUCCUGGACAGUCCUUCGAUGAAUCCUCGUUUGAGUCCACGAAUAACACCCUUGCUUCCAUGUACCACGCCAGACACGUCGCCUCUCCAAUCUCCAAGCACUGCUCAAGGCGAGAGCGUUGUUGACACUUCACCAACGAUCUGUGGUAUGCCCCUAAAAUACGUUUCUUUGGUGACUCUCGCGGUGCAGAAUGCGGCAUUGUCAAUCGUCAUGCACUAUUCACGCGUGUCGAUCCCUGCGGCUCAAGCGUAUUCCCCGGCAUCAGCGGUCUUAUUGAAUGAGCUGUUGAAGGGUUCAAUAUCCUUCGUGAUUGCUCUAUGGCGCGUGCUAAGUGCGUCGGAUGCAGCGGGGAGAAGCCUUGUAGGGAUAUUCGUCGCGUUCAAGCGAGUGUGCAGGGAGAUCUUCAGUCCCGACUGUUGGAAGCUGUCGAUACCGGCUCUGCUCUACGUGGUCCAAAACUCCCUGCAGUUCGUUGCUAUUUCCAACCUCCCAGUGGCGACGUUCCAGGUCACGUACCAGAUGAAAAUCCUGACGACGGCUGCUUUCUCUGUCGCACUCCUUCGCAAGAGGUUGGGUUCGACAAAGUGGCUCUCUCUAUUCUUUCUCGCCAUCGGAGUUGGCAUUGUGCAAAUCCAGUCUACAGCUGGUCACGCUCCGCAAAGGCAAAACAUCCCCGUCGGCAGUGCACACGAGUCCGCACCUCUUCAUAUUCACAUCAUGAGCCCUCUUAAGGGCUUUGGUGCUGUCACUGCUGCAUGCUUUACCUCCGGUCUCGCCGGCGUGUACUUCGAAAUGGUGCUCAAAGGCUCAAAAGCGGACCUCUGGGUCCGUAAUGUUCAAUUAUCAUUAUUUUCGCUUAUUCCUGCUGCACUUCCGGUAUUUUUGGAAUCGCCUUACCCUCAUGCGCCUUGGAACGUCAUGAACACGAUGUUGAGGAAUUUCGGUGGAUGGGCAUGGGCGACGGUUGCGAUUCAGGUAUUUGGCGGGUUGGUUACCGCUAUCGUCAUCAAGUACUCGGACAACAUUUUGAAAGGCUUCGCAACGAGUUUGUCGAUCGUAUUGUCGUUCAUGGCUUCAGUUGUCCUAUUCGGCUUCAGAAUCACCCCGUCAUUCCUCAUUGGGUCUACCACCGUGCUGGUGGCGACUUGGAUGUACAACCAGCCUCCGGGCAAGGAGCUUGUCGCAAUCACAAGCGUAAUGCCUGCGAAGAAGUUGGGGAUGUCUUCUUUCCCCGAUACUCCCAUUAGUCCGAACGCGCCGAUCCUCGGUCAGUUCCCGUCGCAGAAGAAAUCCUCUCCUUUCGGCAGUCCUCGAGUCAUCGCUACCGCACUUGGUCUCGGAAAUAGCGAGAAGCCGGAGUCGGAAACGCAAGGGUACUUUGGUCAAACGCUGGAUACGUCGAGAUACCUCAGUGCUCCUUACGGUUCUCCCUUCCCCUCGAGGACACCUUCGCCUGUCCCCACUCCUCCUUACCGGCCUCCUUCGCGUACAAGCACGCCGCCUUUGAGUAAUCUCAGGCGUCAAUAAUUCUGUGUAUUCUCUUUCACAACGCAGCCUAUUUACUUCUUCAUUACUCUACGACCCAGCCUAUCUUUCACGUCAGUCGACAACGAUACCCCCCAGUGUCAGCGCACAACAACCCCUCCCUUGUCGCAUUAUAUAUCUGAAAGACUUUCGCAGCGAUAGACAAUGCCCCACAAUCCCGUUUGUUACGAAAUCUAACUACCAAUUACUAAGUUUGCAUAUACUUGUCCUCGCUCACCGCGUACGAUCCUCACCUUAGCUACCUUCAUCCCUCCAUUGUUGCCAUUGUUUCACUUUUUCCAACUGUUACUUUCGUUAACGCAACGCAUGGAGUUAGACUUAGAUAUGGUAGAUACAAUUCCCUGUAAUCACUUAGUUUUCUGAGGUCCGCACACGAUACCCUUGUUAGUGUUUUACUACGAGCUCUAGUUUUCUUCCAGUUUUCUCCCUUGCGCCUUGCCAUCAAGAAUGGCCGUUGAAUUUCAUAAGCUCAUUUCAAGGAAUGCAAUACGACGUGAUAAGCGCC